ACGCGCCGGCGGGGAGAGCGCAGCGGCCGCCCCUCACCGUCCCUGCGGCCUCCCUGCAGGGCAGAGCGGUCUGGGCAAGUCCACCAUGGUGAACACCCUCUUCAAGUCCAAGGUGAGCCGCAAAGCCACGCAGCCCGGCCGAGAGGAACGCAUCCCCAAGACGGUGCAAUUGCAGUCCGUCACCCACGUCAUCGAGGAGAAGGGUGUGAAGAUGAAGCUGACAGUGACGGACACACCGGGAUUUGGCGAUCAGAUCAACAAUGAGAACUGCUGGGACCCCAUCAUCAAGUACAUCAAUGAGCAGUACGAGAGGUACCUGCGCGAGGAGAUCCUCAUCACCCGCAAGAGGAAGAUCCCGGACACCAGGGUGCAUGGCUGCGUCUACUUUGUGCCCCCCACAGGCCAUUGGCUGCGGCCCCUCGACCUGGAGUUCAUGCGGCGGCUCAGUAAGAUCGUCAACGUGGUGCCCGUGAUCGCCAAGGCUGACACGCUCACCCUGGAGGAACGUGCUGAGUUCAAGCAGCGGAUCCAGAGGGACCUGAAGGCCCACGCCAUCAGUGUGUAUCCACAGGAGGACUUUGACGAGGACCCAGAUGACAGGGCCCUGAACGACAGGAUUCGGGAGGAGAACCCCGUCCACAGGGGGGGGGGGGGCAAGGGGAACGGCAAGCGGGUGCUGGGCCGCAAGACCAAGUGGGGCAUCAUUGAAGUGGAGAACCCCAUGCACUGUGAGUUCCCCAUGCUGCGUGACCUGCUCAUACGGUCCCACCUGCAGGAUCUCAAGGACAUCACCCACAACGUGCAUUACGAGAGCUACCGCGUGCGGCGGCUCAACGAGAGCAACCGCCUGGCACUGAGCCCCGUCAACGGGCUGCAGGGCAAGGAUGAGGACGACAGCGACCUGUGAGCUGCC